UAACAUUAUAAUCCUCUGAAAUUCUAGUAAAAUAAAGAGAAUAUCCAAUUAACAAUAUUAAUAUUAGCUUGGCAAACACAGCAAUAGCUAUUUCACGGAGUUUGAUUCUUAAUGGCAUGCAAUACAAUAAGGAAGUUUAACGGCUGAGGAUUUUAGUUGGAAUGGCGGAGUGGGUGCAUGAGCAUUGACAAUGGCUUCAAAUGUCAAACUUUACCUAAUGUUAUUAAAUAUCGUAUUUGAAUGUAAUGGAGUCAGCUGGCGGCGACAACUUGAACAUAUUGCUAAAACAAGACUCGAGAAUGAUGGUGUAAACCCUUCACCUUCUAGAAGGUUCUACCAAUUUGACCCUCGAGAAUUAUCUUCUAUAAUCGGCGUGCCAUCCAGUCCUAGUCAUUUACCAGAAGCAGAACCCGUCCUACCAGGUCACACAUUGCUACGACCAGCGCUGGGCAUGCUGAAGUCUGCAGUCAAGUUCCCACAUAGGGAGCUGGAAGACGGUGCUGGUGUUUACGGGAAUAUUGAUAAUUUGGGGUUAAGGUACGAUUCCCGUAAUGAGCGGCUAAUGUAUUCAGGCUUCAGGCGGUUCCCCUCGGAUUAUAUUAUGGUCAUACCAUCAACUUCGCAAGUUAAAAAUGAAAAGCCAAGGUUCAAAUUGGAAUCAGCGGUUCUGAAUUUGGACAGACAGGCGGUGGCAAAAAAUGAAAUUCUAAAGAUAUUAAAGAAGUUGAACAUCCCGGCGCUCAAGGGUGUCAAUGUGUUCGUUGCUGCUAAAAACGGGAAUAAUUUAGGAAGCUUGGACAAAUCCUCGGGAAAAGACUUUUCUUAUUAUUUAAAGGAGAAUACACCAAAUCAGCUGGUUUUCAACAAUGUAAAUGAAGCAAUUCUACGAGCGAAUCAAGAACUUCCCAUGAAAAAUGCAAUUCCUGAAAACCCUUCUCAAACCAACGCAAUAGACGAAAUGCGUACGAUUCCAGAAGACGAUGACGUUCACUCAGAAGAGAGGAUGAAGAAAAAAGACUCGUGGCUUCAUUCGCUGGAUACAUUCGAUAACAUAAAGAUAAUGCAAGAGGCACCAGAGAUCAACGACCUUGUGCCUACGGUUGAUGAUACAAACAUAAGGAAGUGGUGGUUUUAUAAUUCGGAUGAUUAUGAACCAUUUUCAAGAGAACGACUCUGAUAAAACAAUUUUUGUAAUUUCGUGUGCUUCUUAUUUUAAAUGCUAUU